GCGGUGCUCUCUGAAGCGGGCGAACAGUUUUGCCCAGAGAAGGAGGAAAGUAGUAGAAGCUGACCCUGAUUUGGUCUUUAGUUCCCUUGGCACAGCAGAUUUGAAGGCUCAGAGAGAGGCAGCUUCUGAUCCCUACAGAAAGAAGAAAUAAGAAAAACUUCAACAUGGAAAAUGUCCCCCAGGAAAACAAAGUUGAGGAGCAGGCUCCAGUAAAAAAUGAGGAAGAAGCUCGCCCUUUAGAAGGUGGUGAAGGCCAGCAACCUGGAGGAAAUAUUGGAGGGGUUUGGGCUCCACCUGCUCAGGAUUUUGGAGAGGAUGUGCCCAAUAGGAUUGCUAAUAACAUUGAUAUGAUAGAUGGAGAUGCAGAUGAUAUGGAAAGGUUCAUGGAGGAGAUGAGAGAGCUAAGGAGGAAAAUUAGGGAGCUUCAGUUGAGGUACAGUCUGCGUAUUCUUAUAGGGGACCCCCCUCACCAUGAUCAUCAUGAUGAGUUUUGCCUUAUGCCUUGAAUCUCCAGGUUAAUAAUCAAAACCCCCUGCUUUCCAAACUUGUAUUUUCUUGUUGUACCCUUUAUUGUGAACUUUUUGGUGUUCUG